CUUCUCGUUUGUUAUCUGAUUGGUUGAAGUACUGAAAGUUGUCGGGUUGUGAAUGGCACUGUACUGGGGUCUGCUCCGUUUAAAGGGACCGCAGCAGGCAACUGACCAAAAUAAUAUUAUUAUCAAGAAAACACCAUGGCCCAGAGCUUCACCCAGGAAUACCUUCAAAUCCCCGCGGUCACCAGGGCGUACACAACGGCCUGCGUACUGACCACAGCCGCCGUGCAACUAGAAUUCAUCACUCCAUUUCAGCUGUACUUCAACCCUGAUCUGAUUUUUAAAAGAUACCAGCUAUGGCGGCUGAUCACCAACUUUCUUUUUUUUGGUCCCCUGGGAUUCAGCUUCCUGUUCAACAUGAUAUUUCUAUACCGAUAUUGCCGAAUGCUGGAGGAAGGCUCGUUCAGGGGCAGAACAGCAGACUUCGUCUUCAUGUUCCUGUUUGGUGGAGUCCUCAUGACACUGUUCGGCCUCUUUGCAAGCCUGUUCUUCCUGGGCCAGGCCUUCACCAUCAUGCUGGUGUACGUGUGGAGCCGCAGGAACCCCUACGUGCGCAUGAACUUCUUCGGGCUGCUCAACUUCCAGGCUCCCUUCCUGCCCUGGGUGCUCAUGGGCUUCUCACUGCUGCUGGGUAACUCCAUCGUCAUUGACCUCCUGGGAAUUGGAGUUGGCCACAUUUACUACUUUUUAGAAGAUGUGUUCCCAAACCAACCCGGAGGGAAGAAACUGCUGGUCACCCCAGGCAUCCUGAAAGCUAUUUUUGAUGCCCCGGAGGAGGAUCCCAACUACAACCCUCUCCCAGAAGAGCAGCUCGGAGGCCCCACAGAGGGUGCAGGGGAAGAGGGGGAGCAGAGGGCAGACAAUGCUGGGGGGCAGGAGCGCCCUCAAGACCAACUGGACCAAAACGAACAGCAGCAGCGAUAGGAGGGCCAGCCUCCUAGACUGACCUGCACACUGACAGCAUACUGAGCAAGGGGACAUUGACAAACUGCUUGGAGACAAAUGCACAAAUAGCCUACUGCACAGCUAAGUAGAAGACUGUAAGCAGGGGGUGAUAGUCCCUGUGCUGUAAUGUACCUCUCCUGGUAUCACUAGGGGCGACUGGAGAGAGGCAAUAGGGCUUCUUGCUGGAAGUGCCAAGCUUUGGGUCGACACGAAUUUGAGAAUGGGAGGCCAAUAUAGAGCACUGUGAUUGAUUGACUCUCUACUCCAUUGACGUGGAACAGCAGACCUAUUUAUUUAAUUUAAGUGCUAGAUUACCGGUGCCAAUUGUGUGAGGUUUUAAUCGUUUUCUUGUUUCAGUCUGAGAAACUGUUCCUACCAUUAAACUGUGUUCCUCUGUUUUAAACCACAGUUGUAUGGGACACCUGUGGAAAAAGUAUGGGCUUAAAUGUCCUACAUUUUUUCUUUUUCAUGGAAUGGAUACCAGUGCACUUACAGCUACAGCUAACCAAGGCCAGACAUUGGCAGGCUUGAGAAAGCCAGUGGCAGUGCCAACUUUGCCAUCUAUGAGAGGUUUCUGCAAACUGAAGUGAGGAGAAGUGUAAGUUUUAGGUAUUUAAAAUAAAUACAUUAAAAAUAAUAAUAAUGAAAAUUAUGGAAGAGAAUGUGCCCCCACAGAAAUGUGUCUUUCUGUUUGGUUAGGCUACCAUCGAUACAUUUGAUCCUAAGCAUGCAAGACACAUUAAAUGCAAAUGACCUGUAUACAGUAUUGAUCAAAGCUGCAUUGUGGUAGAGCACCUUCCCCAAUGGGCCAAUCCUCUACUUAAUUAAGCCAACCUACUGAAGGGGGGGGGUUGAAUAAUCUGCAAGAGUUACUAACUACCUUUUACAGAAUCCCCUUUGGCUAACACAAGUUUUAAACAAUUUAUAGUUUGUUUAAAUGUUCAUAAUAUUUUUUUAAAUGCCAAAAUUAUUGUUGACACCUUCUGUAAUGGACAGUUUUUCAGCCAAAUGAGAAUAUUAACAUUUGCAAACUAUACUUACAGUAGUAUGAAUGACAUUUUUGAAUGAUUUCCAUUUGGUUUAACACAGAGGGUUUGAAUGGGUGCAACUGCUUUGUGUGUAACUAUUAUAACUAAAACGUUUAGACAGAAUUUACAGAAUAUGACAUAUUCCUUUUCAAUACAUCUGUUACAUUUCUACUUUCAUAGCUCAUCCUUUGCAUUUAUGUAUUUAUUAAACUGUGUGUUACUUGUUGAUCCAGUACCCUGCCUCACGGUACAUCAGUAUUUCAAUAAACCCGGAAAAAUUGUUUUCACUUCCCAUAAUUUAAUUAUUUUGCUUGGUCACAACUUCCACAAACAGGUUCUCAAA